CCAUGACGAAGGUUCUAAAGCCCCCAACGAUGAAACCGAGGUCAGAUCCAAGAGAGACCUCGGGAGAAAAAAUUUCACACCUGAGGAUGGCGAGCUUAAGCAAAAGCUUGAGGAAAUUAAUGAAAGGCUCGGAGUGGUGUGGAAAGAAGUCAGAAAGCCGACGUCGGAUAUUUUCUCACCCAUCGAGUCUCCUUUUGUUGAUAGCAUCAUGAAAGAGGAAAUCCCCUCUAGCUUCAAGAUGCCUCAGAUGGAGAAUUAUGAUGAAACUUCGGACCCCCGGGACCACCUUGAGAAUUUCCAAGCUCUCAUGAUGCUUCAUGGGGAGACCGACGCCAUCAAAUGCCGAGCGUUCUCAGCCACGCUGAGAAAGAGUGCCAGAAUUUGGUUCUCCUCGCUGCCAGCAGCCUCUAUCUAUACUUUCAAACAAUUGGCACAAGAAUUCCUCAACCACUUUGUUAGCAGCAAACGGUACAAGAAAGCUUCGGCCCACCUUAUGGGCGUUCGUCAGAGGUCGAAUGAGACGUUGAGGGAGUUUAUCCAACAUUUCAAUGGAGAGGCACUAGAGAUUGAGGACUUGGACCAGUCUGUGGCCUUAGCCGCACUCAUGAAUGGGGUCCGAAAGUCUUCAAGGUUUGCUUUCUCUUUGGCGAAAAAGCCACCGCUAUCCCUCUCUGAUCUCUUCAGUAGGGCCGAAAAGUACAUCAACGCUGAGGAUAU